AUGUGGCAAAAGGUUAAAGGGGAAGCGGUACAUUAUUGGCAUGGCUUCAAAUUGUUGGGCCUCGAAACCCGUAUUUCUUCAAGGCUUGUGUAUAAAUUGUUACAAGGUGAGCCACUCUCAAGACGUGAAAGCAGACAACUUCGACGCACUACGUCGGAUAUUGCUCGUAUGGUCCCAUUUGCUGUAUUUCUAAUUGUCCCGUUCAUGGAAUUUUUACUACCGGUUGCGUUAAAAGUGUUUCCAAAUAUGCUGCCUAGCACCUUUGAAAACAAAAAGGUAAAAGAGGAAAAGAAGCGAAAACUCUUAAAGGUUAGACUGGAAAUGGCUCGCUUCCUACAAGAGACGAUUGUUGAAUCCGGCACGAUUUCUUCUGACAGCUCCGAUAAUAUAUCUCCUACAGCAGCACAUGAAUUUGCCAAUUUUUUUCACACCAUCCGAACCACCGGCAAACAACCCUCCACUCAAGAUUUGCUGAAAAUCGCGCGUCAAUUCGAAAACGAACUUACCUUGGGCAACCUCACAAGACCUCAGCUCGUCAGCAUGUGUCGCUACAUGAACAUGAAUGCCUUUGGCACAGAUUCCUUUCUUCGCUUUCAACUCCGGAACCGCAUGAGACAGAUCAAGAUGGACGAUCGUGUGAUACAGUCCGAAGGUAUCGAUAAUUUGACCCCGGCCGAACUAAAUCAUGCCUGCGUCGCUCGCGGUAUUCUCACACUUAAUUGCUCCGCUUCUCGAUUGCGCGAUGAGUUGAGUCAAUGGAUCGAACUUCAUUUACAGCAUCAUGUUCCCUCAACCCUUUUACUUUUAUCACGCGCUUUUAGUGUCACUGACCAAAAUAUGUCACAAGAAGACGCCCUUCGUGCUACCUUCCACAGCUUGCCUGACAAUCUAGUCAAUGAUGCCGAAUUAAAGGUCUCCGAAAGCGAAAGCACGUAUCAGAAAAAAUUGGAGAUGAUUGAAAAGCAAGAAGAACUGAUCAAAGAUGAAGCUGAACAAGAGGAGAAAGCGCGUCAAGCUCGAGAAGAAAAAAAUCGCCUUGAAGAAAAGGAUCGCCAAAAAGAGUCUACAUCAUAA